AUGCACGGCCUCCACCCUCGGCGGACACGCAUGCUGGAGAGCUUGAUCGAGAAAAACUUCAAGUGGUACCAGCAGUGCAUGAUGCUGGACAUCGAGGUUCUGCGCCUGGACUGGUUCAGGAGCGAGACGUAUCAGGACCUCUUCCGGUACAUGGACUCGACCGGUGGUUUCUGGCUCCACCGAUGGGGCAACAACCCCUUUCGGACGUUCGCGGUGGCCGUGCUGCUGAACGACACGGACGUCCGCUCCAUGACACUGCCUUACGCGCACCAGGACAGUUGCUCGUGCGGCGCUGGGGCGCCUCCCUGCCGGCUGCGGGAGGGGGCUCGCUUCGCGGACAGCUGCGCAGAAGGUGGAGGCGUCCGGUUCGAGGAUCUCGCCGAGGGCCUGCUGGACCUGCAGCCGUGGCGAGGCACAGACCGCCAGAGGAAGAAGUUCGCGCACGCCGACAUCGUGCAGUUCGUGGAGGAGCAGCUGCCGGGCGAGAUGCUGCUGUGA